AUGGAACUUCCCAUUCCCAACCUUUGCUUUACCAUUUUCACCCUUAAAACUUUCUUCUUUUUCUUCUUCUUGCUCCUUACAUCAACCCAUGCUGGAGAAUCACCCUCAUCAAGCUCUAACAUAUUCAGAGAAUACAUUGGAGCUGAGUUCAACAAUGUCAAAUUUUCAGAUGUCCCUGUCAACCCAAAUGUCCAAUUCCACUUCAUUCUCUCCUUCGCUAUAGACUAUGACACAUCAUCAUCUUCCCCUUCUCCAACCAACGGAAAAUUUAACAUCUUUUGGGACACUCAAAACCUUAGCCCCUCCCAAGUUUCUUCCAUCAAGAGUAAGAAUUCAAAUGUUAAGGUGGCACUUAGUCUUGGAGGGGACAGUGUUGGAGGUGGCUCUGCUUACUUUGAUCCAUCUUCAAUUGAUUCAUGGGUUUCCAAUGCAGUUUCUUCACUCACAAACAUAAUCAAGGACUAUAAUUUGGAUGGAAUUGACAUUGACUAUGAGCAUUUCAAGUCAGACCCUGAUACCUUUGCUGAGUGUGUGGGGAAACUAAUCAAAACUCUCAAAACAAAUGGGGUCAUAACUUUUGCUUCUAUUGCUCCAUUUGAUGAUGAUCAAGUUCAGAGUCACUACAUGGCCUUGUGGAAGAGUUACGGGCACCUCAUAGAUUACGUUAACUUCCAGUUUUAUGCAUAUGACAAAGGCACAAGUGUGUCACAGUUUAUUGAUUACUUCAACAUACAAAGUUCAAAUUACAAUGGUGGGAAGGUCUUAGUGAGCUUCAUUAGUGAUGGGAGUGGUGGGUUGUCCCCAGAUAAUGGAUUCUUCACAGCCUGUCAUAGGCUCAAAAUUCAGAAAAAACUUCAUGGUAUUUUUGUGUGGUCUGCUGAUGAUUCCAAGGCAAAUGGUUUCCGCUAUGAGAAGCAAUCCCAAGCCCUUUUGGCUAUACCCCAGUAA